AUGACCAUUAUCACUCGAGCAAGCAUUGCUGCCAGUGUUGUGGCCUUUGCAUGGGCUCAAGGCAGCACGGUGACGGUCUUCUUCCGCAACGACGGCAACUGGACGCGGCAUGGCGAGCAGCCCAGCGCGCUCUUCUUCAACCAGCCCUCGACCUACGAAGACGCCGUCAGGACAUGCGCAUCGUACAACGAAACCCUGCUGAGCUGCAGCAGCUAUGGUGACUUCUUCCACGAGUUCACCUACCAUCAGUACCUUCACAACAUUGACCGUGAUCAGCUGCUGUGGUCGUCCUGCAGCUCCUCUGCCCCAACCACCUGGGAGGGAAAUGUAUCCCACGUACCGACAGCUGCUCACCCUUUGCUGCCGUUCUUGUGCACCAACAGUGCCCCAUUCGUCAGCAAGGUCGACACAGACUACUCUGCCUUCCCUCGUGUCAAGACCCAGAGUGUCGAUGGGACCACCUUCGAAGGCCUCCGCGACCACAUGGCGUUCCGGUUUCUGGGGAUUCCCUUCGCACAGCCGCCUGUGGGGGACCUCCGUUUCAAGUACGCGCAGCCGUGGAAUGAGACUCACGUCGAAGCGACUCGCUACGGGCCUGCCUGUCUGCAGACUGGCUGGUUUGAAGGCAAUUCGGACGGGCUGAACCCCUGGGGCAACAGCGAGGACUGUCUGUAUCUCAACGUCUUCACCUCCACUCUUCCACUGUCGCCAGGUUCUGUCGCGAAUGAGGACGCUCUCAAGCCCGUCAUGUUCUGGAUCCAUGGCGGAGGACAGGUCUCCGGCACUGGAAGCGACUCGACCUUUGACGGCGCCAGCCUGGUCAGCCGCUCCGACGUCGUCCUGGUGACAGUCAAUUACCGGCUCAACAUCUUCGGGUUUCUGAGCCUGGGCGAUGAUGUCGUCCCCGGAAACUUCGACCUGUCAGACAAGAUCGUUGCCCUCAAUUGGGUCAAACAGCAUAUCGCCGCCUUUGGAGGCAACCCUAACAACGUAACCAUCUUUGGCCAGUCUGCCGGGGGUGCUUCGAUCAUAGAUCUGGUCACUUCGCCCAAGGCCAAGGGACUGUUUCAGGGGGCUAUCGCGCAGUCCAUCGGCGGCCAUACCACGAACCAGAGCGCCGCAGCGGCCAAAAUUCUCCCUUACCUGCAGCCGCUCUGCAACAACACGGGGGUGGAACGACUCCAGUGCUUACAGGCUCUCCCGGCCGAGACGCUGCUAAAUAUCAGCCAAGCCACCUCAUGGGAGACGGUUGUGGAUGGGAUCUAUAUUACCGACCUGCCUGUGGCUCAGGUGAGCAAGGGCCGCGACGCAAUCAACCCAGUCCAUUUCAUGACGGGGUACAUGCCCGAGGAGGCACAAUCCCUGUUGGAAGAGACGCUGGCACCGAAUAUCUCGAGCUUCAACGCGUCCCUGCAGACGCUCAUUGAAGUUGGUCAGAUUGACCAGGCACAGGCGGACGCGAUCGUUGCGUCGGGGCUGUGGCAGGUUCCGACGGACUACAGCAGCGUGUACAACGCGAGCGUCAACAUCGCCACAGACACGAUCAUCCUCUGCUACGCGAUGGAGUUCGUCGAGGCGGGGGUGGCAGCGGACGCGUACGAGAGCCUGUGGGUGUACCUGCACCAGCGCGCCUACGGUCUGUCGUUCUACGACUACUACGACCUGUGCACGUUCCCCGUCGGAAAGCCCGAGACGCCGUACUACCGCUGCCACUCGGGCGACCUGUACGAGAUAUUUGGCACGUACUAUCUCUUCGAUCUCCCGCUGCGAGUGGCGGAGGACAUCUACUACACCAACGCCGUGCAGGACAUGUGGGCGUCGUUUGCGCGGACGGGCAAUCCGAACGUCGAUGACGAUUACCUCGCAGCGCGGGGGUAUCAAAGUACGCAGGAGUUUUUCUCCAAGUGGACAUGGACGCAGUACGCUGCCAGGAAUGAUGGCAAGGGGGUAGCCAAUCUCCAGUAUCCGACGUCGUUCUACUCGACGCUGCCGGAUUUGGCGCAUUGCAACGUGCUAGGAUUGAACGGGACGGAAUAA